UGAGGAGCUCGCGACGCGCAGGGCUCUCUCCCGCGUUGCGGUUGCUUGGGAGAUGCUGGAGCGCGGCGCCCGGCUGCUCCACCUGGCGCACUGAGCUCGGCGCGGGGAGCCCCCGGGGGCGGGCGGGGGGCGCCGACUGCGGUAGAAUGCUAGCCGGGCUCCUCCGGCGCUGUGAGACGUCGCUCGAGCGCGGUCAGGUGCCUCUCUCUGCUCCACUAACUUGCCACUUGGUCGUGUUAGAUCUCCGAGGCUCUCUACGCUUUGGGGUGGUGGGGGGCGGGGGGAGUGGGGAGUUCGAGGGUCUGCGGUAGCCGAAGGAGGGAUCUUGCAAGGGGGAGCCUGCUUGGUGCCUCUCUUCUUCUCCUCCCUGUCGCUCCCCUCCCCCCACCCCGUCGCUGCCGCUUUCCCUUCUGCCAAUUCGGAGAGCGUCGGGCUCCUGUGACAUGCGAUCGCUGCCAAGUGACAGUCCCCGAGUCUGAAGUGCCCGCGAGGAAGUGAGCGCCAACGCGGGCCGCCGGCGAUGACAGCCAUGAAGCAGGAGCAGCAGCCCACCCCGGGGGCCAGGGCAAGCCAGGCGCAGCCGGCGGACCAGGAACUGGGAAGUAACAGCCCUCCACAGAGAAACUGGAAGGGAAUUGCUAUUGCCCUGCUGGUGAUUUUAGUUGUAUGCUCACUCAUCACUAUGUCAGUCAUCCUCUUAACCCCAGAUGAACUCACAAAUUCAUCAGAAACUAGAUUGUCUUUAGAAGACCUCUUCAGGAGAGACUUUGUGCUUCAUGACCCAGAAGCUCGGUGGAUCAAUGAUACAGAUGUGGUGUAUAAAAGCGAGAAUGGACAUGUCAUUAAGCUGAAUAUAGAAACAAAUGCCACCACAUUAUUAUUGGAAAACACGACUUUUGUAACCUUCAAAGCAUCAAAACAUUCAGUUUCACCAGAUUUGAAAUACGUUCUUCUGGCAUAUGAUGUCAAACAGAUUUUUCAUUAUUCUUAUACCGCUUCGUAUGUGAUUUACAACAUACACACUAGGGAAGUUUGGGAGUUAAAUCCUCCAGAAGUAGAAGACUCCGUCUUGCAGUAUGCGGCCUGGGGUGUCCAAGGGCAACAGCUGAUUUAUAUUUUUGAGAAUAAUAUCUACUAUCAACCUGAUAUAAAGAGCAGUUCAUUGCGACUGACAUCUUCUGGAAAAGAAGGAAUUAUCUUUAAUGGGAUUGCUGACUGGUUAUAUGAAGAGGAACUUCUGCAUUCUCACAUUGCCCACUGGUGGUCACCAGAUGGAGAAAGGCUUGCCUUCCUGAUGAUAAAUGAUUCGUUGGUGCCGAACAUGGUUAUCCCUCGAUUUACGGGAGCGUUGUAUCCCAAAGGAAAGCAGUAUCCAUACCCUAAGGCAGGUCAAAUGAACCCAACCGUCAAAUUAUAUGUUGUAAACCUAUAUGGACCAACUCAUACUUUGGAACUCAUGCCUCCUGACAGCUUUAAAUCAAGAGAAUAUUAUAUCACUAUGGUUAAAUGGGUAAGCAAUACCAAGACGGUGGUCAGAUGGUUAAAUCGGCCUCAGAAUAUCUCCAUCCUCACAGUCUGUGAGACUACCACUGGCGCCUGCAGUAGAAAAUAUGAGAUGACAUCAGAUACUUGGCUCUCCAAACAGAAUGAGGAGCCGGUUUUUUCUAGAGAUGGCAGCAAAUUCUUUAUGACAGUUCCUGUGAAGCAAGGGGGGCGUGGAGAAUUUCACCACAUAGCGAUGUUUCUUGUUCAGAGUAAAAGUGAGCAAAUUACCGUGCGGCAUCUGACAUCAGGAAACUGGGAAGUGAUAAAGAUCUUGGCAUACGAUGAAACUACUAAAAAAAUUUACUUUCUGAGCACAGAGUCUUCUCCCAGAGGGAGGCAGUUGUACAGUGCAUCUACUGAAGGACUGUUGAAUCGUCAAUGCAUUUCAUGUAAUUUUAUGAAAGAACAAUGUACAUAUUUUGAUGCCAGUUUCAGUCCUAUGAAUCAACAUUUCUUACUGCUCUGUAAAGGCCCAGGUGUCCCAGUGGUCAGUCUACACAGAAUGGAAAACCCAGCAAAAUAUUUUAUAUUGGAAAGCAAUUCUAUGCUGAAGGAAGCUAUCCUGAAGAAGAAGAUAGUAAAGUCAGAAAUUAAAAUGCUUCAUAUUGACGACUAUGAACUUCCUUUACAGUUGUCCUUUCCCAAAGAUUUUACGGACCGAAACCAGUAUGCUCUUCUGUUAAUAAUGGAUGAAGAACCAGGAGGCCAACUGGUUACAGAUAAAUUCCAUAUUGACUGGGAUUCAGUACUUGUUGACACAGAUAAUGUCAUCACGGCACGAUUUGAUGGCAGAGGAAGUGGAUUCCAGGGCCUGAAAAUUUUGCAGGAGAUUCAUCGAAGGCUAGGUUCAGUGGAAGUAAAGGACCAAGUAGCAGCUGUGAAGUUUUUACUGAAACAGCCAUACAUUGACUCCAAAAGAUUAAGCAUUUUUGGAAAGGGGUAUGGUGGCUAUAUAGCAUCAAUGAUAUUAAAAUCAGAUGAAAAGCUUUUUAAAUGUGGAUCAGUGAUUGCACCCAUCAUAGACUUGAAGUUGUAUGCAUCAGCAUUUUCUGAAAAAUACCUUGGUAUGCCAUCUCGGGAAGAAAGCACUUACCAGGCAUCCAGUGUGCUACAUAAUAUUCAUGGCUUAAAAGAAGAAAAUAUAUUAAUAAUUCAUGGGACUGCUGACACAAAAGUCCAUUUCCAGCAUUCAGCAGAAUUAAUCAAACACCUAAUAAAAGCUGGAGUGAAUUAUACUAUGCAGGUCUAUCCAGAUGAAGGACAUAAUGUGUCUGAGAAGAGCAAGUAUCAUCUCUACAGCACAAUCCUCAGAUUCUUCAGUGAUUGUUUAAAGGAAGAAAUCCCUGUGUUACCGCAGGAACCAGAAGAAGAUGAAUAAUGGACCCUAUUUAUAUAGAACUGAAGGGGAUCUUGAGGCUCAAUGAAACCUAACCAAGAGACUGUAAUAUUGUACAUGCUCCAGAAUUUCAAGGGCAGCUUAAGGAGAUGACACUGGAACAGCACACUCAGAGACUAUGAACUAGAAUUUGCAUACAGAUGUCCAAGUCUACUGUGUUACCAAGAGUGCAGAACCUGUUUCUUUGUGUAAGAAAGGUCAAAGGGUUGGUUUCCUGGGAGAAAUUAGUUUUGCAUUAAAGUAGGAGUAGUGCAUGUUUUCUUCUGUUAUCCCCCAAUUUGUUCUGUAACUAGUUGCCCUCAUUUUAAUUUCAGUGGCCACCUGGAUCAUCUUUGCAUAUGAUGCAUACUUAUCAGUACCACAUCCCUGAUCUCUGAUGGCUGAGCUGCAGCCUUACACCUUACUGUAUCUUUACAAUAAGUGCAAUUCCUUCAUUGUCUAUUAUUAUGCUUAAGAAAAUAUUCAGUUAAUAAAAAACAGAGUAUUUUAUGUAAUUUGUUUAUAAAAAGACAUUAUUAAAUGGGUCAAAGGUCAUGUAGAAAUAUGGAUUUCAGCAUCUUCCAAAGUUCAGCCAGUUAUCAGUAGAUACAGUAUCUUUAAAUCAACACACGAGUGUAUGUCUCACAAUAUAUAGACACGUGUGCAUAUACUGUCAAUAAGUCUAUCUUUACAAUUA